AACCGAAGGAGCAGUCUGCUCGAUUGAGGCUGUGGAGAAGAGGGUAAGGGAAGAAUUACCGAAGCUCACGUUUCUUCUUCUGGGACUCUCAUUUUCUUUUUUCUCAAAUCCCAGUUCUUUAUUCAAACCAACUCACAAUUGAACUCUCAAUCAACUUAAUCCAACUUCCUUCAGCAGAUUCAUUCAUUCAUUCAUUCUCUAUAAUUUCUUCUUCCCUUUCACGCAACCGCUUUGUUUUUCCCCCCUUUGAUUUCCCCUCUGUUUCUAUCGAUUACCCUCGUUUCUUUGAUACCCACCUUCUCUUUUCCCGAUUUUAAUCUUUCCCGAUCAUCCAAAUAAGUAAUCUCGACUUCGGUUUGUCUUAUCUUCAUCUACUUCACCCCCUUCAUUCAUGUUUUUUUGAAGGGAAUGGACUUGCUUUAUCUGCCCACUGUCCACCUUUGUGAAUGAUGCUCAGUGGAACAGCGGGUGCAGAUAAUGUUGGAAUUUUUAGAUGGAAAUCUCAUGGUGAAUCAUCUUUAACAUCUGCUUUGCUUAAGGAUGUGCCACCAGAGAUUGAACUAUCUACCUUUGGAAGAGUGCCGAAUCCUGGUAGUGAGAGCCCUACUGGGCUUCUUGAUGGGGAGCGUUUGAAUGUGGAACCAAUAGCUGACUUGGACCUAUUUUUUGAAAGACUUUAUAGCUAUUACUGUGACAAAGGGCUUUGGUGCAUCAUUACGAAGUGGAUAGUAGAGCUUCUGAGUCUUGGCUUUACCAUAUGUUUCUCAGCAUUUUUCUUACUAUUCGUUGAUUGGAAUGGUCUCCGCAAUGCCAAGUGUGGGAUGGAUGCAGUGGAAUCUGGAACUAAACCAUGUGAUCUUGCCAAGGAAGCUCUUCACAAGCACCCCUUACACCAUAUGACAGUUUCAAAAGCUAUCAUCAUUGGAUAUUUAGGCAUAUUUUCUGUUUAUUGGAUCUUUUGCUUUUUUAGGUUUUUUGCACAGCUGAAGGACAUUUUAGGAAUCCGUCGCUUUUAUUACAACAGUCUUCACAUAUCUGACAAUGAAAUCAAAACUAUGCCAUGGGCGACAAUUCUUGAGAAGGUUGUUGAGCUGCAAAGUACUUGUCAACUCUGUGUGGCUAAGGAUCUUUCUGCUCAUGAUGUGGUCAUGCGCUUGAUGCGGAAAGAGAACUACCUGAUUGGGAUGCUUAACAAAGGAGUACUUGCUUUUCCAAUUCCGAAGUGGGUCCCAGGUGCUGGCCCAGCUGUGAAAUUUGACUCCUCUGGAAAUCAUUAUCGAUUAACAUUGACAAAAAGUCUUGAAUGGACCUUGAAUUGGUGUAUACUACAGAGCAUGUUUGAUCGUAAUUACUGCGUCAGAAGGGAGUUCAUAUCCAAUCCUAGUACAUUGAAGAAAAGGCUUAGGGUAGUUGGAGUAGUGAUGCUCCUGCUUUCUCCGUUUCUGGUCAUAUUCAUGUUGGUCUACCUCUUUCUAAGGCAUGCUGAACAGUUCUAUAACCACCCAAGUACAGCAUCAUCUCGAAGGUGGUCAAAUUUGUCGAAGUGGAUAUUUAGGGAAUAUAAUGAGGUUGAGCAUUUGUUCAAGCACAGGAUCAAUAGCAGUGUGCUUCAUGCUUCAGAAUAUCUCAAGCAAUUUCCCUCUCCCAUUAUUUCAAUAAUUGCCAAGUUCAUCUCAUUUGUCUUUGGUGGCUUUGCUGCUAUUCUGAUUAUCAUUGCUUUUUUGGAAGAAUCUUUACUGGAGGGCCAUAUUUUUGGCCGCAACCUCCUCUGGUAUGCUGCUGUUUUUGGAACUAUAACUGCUAUUAGUCGGGCUGCAGUUACAGAUGAGAUCUUAGUUUUAGAUCCUGAGGGGGCAAUGUCCAUGGUUGUUCAGCAUACUCAUUAUAUGCCAAAAAGAUGGCGUGGCAAAGAAAAUUCUGAGCUUGUUCGACUAGAAUUUGAAAACCUUUUCCAGUAUACAGGAAUGAUGUUACUUGAGGAGAUGGUCUCCAUUUUUCUCACCCCAUUCUUGCUUGUAGGGUGGAUGACAUUUUGCAGUUUAUUGCAGACUUCACAGUGCAUAUUGAAGAGUCAAAUGAGAUUCAAAAGAGUUCAGAGAAGUAAAGCCUGGGGGAAAUUCAAAGAGUUCCCUCUCUUCCUAAACCAAACCACCAAAACUUUCAGUUCCUUUAACUUCCAAAAACAUGGAAAUAGCAGUUAUGGGUCACCACAUAAUGCGCCAGGUGCAGAGAGAAGCUCCCAGGGGAAAAUGGAGAAAUCAUUUUUGAGUUUCUGUAGUAACUAUCCUGGAUGGGAACCAAAUGCUCAAGGAAAGCAGUUCAUGUCAAAUCUACGGAAUUUUAGGGAGAGAACGAUGCAGCAACGGGGAUGCAUAUAUCAGCCACAUGAAAUGUCUCAAGCAAGUCGCAAUUUGGUCGGACAUCGGGACAGGAACGGCAUUUUUCCGGGGGAAUUACCCUGCCAAAAUUCAGCAGCUGGUAAUUGGAUGGAUUUUCUGUGGCUGGAUGAACGCCAGAGAAACUUUCCAUACCUGCUUGAUCAUUAUUAUACAAGCGGACCUCGAGAUGUAGCCAAUUACUCGAGAGACAUUCCUGAAGAAUCAUCUGAAUUAAUGGAGCUGAACAGCGUUUACUGGAUUCCACCCCACAUCACUCAAAGAAAAGAAAGAUAUGAAGACUUCUGGAAGGAAGAUCAUCUCGAGGAUCGAUCACAAACUCAUCUUGGGGCUUCCACAUCAGCUACUCAUCUUGGGGCUUCCACAUCAUCUCCUAUCAUUGGCAGAAGCAUAUUUCAUCAUCAAGAAUCUACCGUUGCGAAUUCUGGUGGUACUAAAACUCGGUGGUGGGAUCGAAAUAUUGUAUCUCAUGAACAACCCCAAACAAGUUUCAUGGAUCCUCCUAAUUUCAACAGGUACACUACUACCAUGAAGAGUCAGUAUGAUAAUGUCUCUGAACGAAGCUUGGAGGAGCAACAACACAUGGAAUGGAGUGAUUUUGGAAAGUUAUCUCGACCCACCUACCUAGAAGACAUAGAGACUGGAGAGUUGGAUCUUCAUUUUGGAGAUGUGUACAGCAGAACUCCAGAAACUCCUAAACCCGAACCUACAAGCUUUGAGUAAUUGCUUGUACUUUUAUGUGGAAGCUUUCACUUUACAACUAGGGAUGGAUGUUGAUUUUCUGGGUUCUUUUAUGUUUUCUGUCAAAUUUAUAGAUCCUUAAAUUCUUUUUCUGUACAUAAAUUCAUCAAACAAAAAUAUUCUUCAUAGGCUUCUGUUUGGUUUGAAGCCUAUUGAAAACCGUGGGAAGGUGUAAGUAAUGGCACAUUCAAGUUAUUAAUGACACCCAAAUUCAUUCUUCCAUCA